UGCAGAAUCAAAACAGUUAACGUUUGACAGCUCGGCUUCGACCCGCAAAACGCCAAUAAAAUGCCAUGGGAAAUGUUACUGCCACUGUCAGAAACAACCCGCACCGUUUAGAGAAGGUCUUUACUAAGCGGAGCUGCGUCUUAUCGGACUGUCGAGGAAUGUUAACCCGAGGAAAAGGCUCUUUCGGCUAGUUUAUCCAGUAGCCGCUGCAGCUGUCCUGUAGCUAGCCGCUGGUUAGCUUCCCCGGCUGGAGAAAGCCGCUCCAUGGCGAUCUAUGGGCUGAACAUUACCAUAUAUAGACCGGCCACGGAGCUCCCUCGCCGGUGAAAUGUAAACGGUGACUCGCUCAGCAGGCUGACAAAGGGCAAGCAAAAACAAAACUCAGCCUGAAAUACAAAAACACUGCUGGCCUCACCAUGUCAUCUGACCAGAUUAUUGCCAUCGUCAUGGAUGACAAGAUCUACGAGGUGAAUAAGAAGAAGCUGAUAGAGAAGAGCGACUACUUCCGCGCUCUGUACAGCUCCGGGAUGAGGGAGUCCACGGAGGACUCGGUGCAGCUGCAGGGGCUCAGCGUCCCCGGUCUGGAGCUGGUCCUGGAGUUCAUCAACACCUCCAAAGUCCAGGUAGUCAACGAGACUCUGGAGGACCUGAUCGAGACCGCUUCCUUCUUACAGGUCACCUCCAUCCUCAAGCUCCUCACCUCGGAGAUCCGGCUGGACAACUGCGUGGAGCUGUACAGCCUGUCUGAGGUGUACGGGACUCAUGAUCUGCGUAAUGCUUGUCUCAAGUACAUGAGCUGCUACUUCCACCCCAUGCUGAGGCGACCUGACUUCAGCAGCCUGCCCUCAGCUGUCAGAGACCAAGUCAGGGAGAUGCGCAUGAAAGGCACUGCCACCCUGGUGGCCAUCGGAGACUUCACCUGCCUGUCCCUGGAUGUCCCCGAUCAGGACGAGCCCUGGUCCAUGCUGAGGUAUGGAGAGGUGGAGCAACGCUGGAAGCCCCUCGCAAACAACCUGCCUCCAGAUAUGAUCAACGUCAGAGGGUAUGGAUCAGCUGUCCUCGAUAACUACCUGUUCAUAGUCGGUGGGUACAGGAUGACGAGUCAGGAGAUCUCCGCUGUGCACUGCUACAACCCCUGCAGGAACGAGUGGAACCAGGUGGCUCCGCUCAACCAGAAGAGGUCCAACUUCAAGCUGCUGGCGGUACAAGGGAAGCUGUACGCUGUAGGAGGCCAGUGUCUGGGCACGGUGGAGUGUUACAGCCCGGAGCAGGACUGGUGGACCUGUGUGUCCUCGAUGCCCGACCCGCUGGCUGAGUUCUCAGCCUGUGAGUGUCAGGGUGUGAUCUAUGUCAUGGGUGGAUACACUGCAAGAGACCGGAACACAAAUGUUCUCCGCUACUGCCCCACCUCUGACAACUGGACGGUCUUUCGGUCCUGCUCGGCCCACAUCCGCAAGCAGCAGAUGCUCUCGGUGGAGGACACCAUCUACCUGGUGGGCGGCUACACCCACGAGCUGGAGGCGGGCCGGCGGCAGAGACGUCCCAGCCAGACAGAGGACGUUCUGACGGUACAGUCCUACAACGUCACUACGGGGGAGUGGAUCCAGCUGAAGGAGAACACGUCAAAGUCGGGCCUGAACCUGACGUGCACGCUGCACAACGACGGCAUCUACAUCAUGAGCCGAGACGUCAGCCUGCCCACGAGCCUCGAGCACCGCGUCUUUCUCAAAUACAACAUUUUCUCAGACGCCUGGGAGGCAUUCAGGCGCUUUCCGGCUCUGGGACAGAACAUGCUGCUGUGUUCGCUUUACCUCCCCAACGUGCUCUGAUUGACAGGGCAGGAGGGAGGGACUUGAACAGGUGGUGGAGCCCAGGCUGCUUUAACAGGCCAGUGUGUGUGGCUUGUUUAUUGUUGCACUGAAUAGGCUCUGUGGCAUUAGUGGGAACAGUGUGUGGUUGCCAGGUUGAAUGCCUCGUGACCUCUGUGCCUCAAAACAAACGCACUACAUUGUACAUACUGCUGUGGAUGCAAAUACGAAAACUAUAAUGAUGAGUAUGAAAGCGAUGAAGCACCAAGGCCCGUAGGUCGACAGCAUCACAACUGCUAGGCCCGGUUUGUGCCUCACUUGUGUUAACAUGAAAGUCACAUUGAAGCUGCAGCGGUAACCAUCUGUUUCUCUGAACAAUAAUCACCUGUUGAUAAAACCCAGAUCACUUGCUGUCAUUCCAGAAUCCUCUUUUACCAUCUGGAUGAAGAUAUAUUGUCUGUUUUAAGAUGUACAUUUUUUUAAAAACGUAUUUCCCGUACGGCUGCCAUCUUUGUUGGUUUAUUGAUUUGACAUUUGGGGAAGUUAAUUGGAAAAAAACUUUUUUAACGUUGCAGCAGACUGAAUAUUUUUUCAUCCAGAUGGUUAGAGGUGCAGUUUGUAGGAUUUAGUGACGUCUAGCAUUAAGGUUGCAGAUUGAAACCAAUCCCUUGCCUCAUCUUCUCCUUCUGAACAUGUAGGAGAACUGAUGCAGUAGCAGUGCAAAAUGGCAGACUCGGUGUUCGAGGACCCACUCCAUCUUUAGAUAUAAGGGCUCAUGAAAGCAAAACAAUUUCCCAAUCUCAUCCGUGUCGUUUAAAAUUUAGGAUCUAUCGACGGAGUCACAGUUUGAUAACAUUUUCUUAGAUAAUGCACAGUUCAGAUAUUGUAGAUUAGCUGUAGUGCCUGGUGGAGCCUCUUACUGUGUAAUACUGUAGCGAGCAGAGGAGGCAGGCAGCGCUGUGUUGGCAAACAGAGCAUUGUCGGGACACCAUGACAAAGUGUUGUGUGACGCUUAAUCACCUGUUGUCAGCAAAUAAUUGUUAAAGCGAGCCAUGAUUAACCAAAAUAGUGUUGCCAUACCGUAGCAAUGUCUGUGACUUAAAAUAACAAUAGCAACAUAGGAUAAUUGUCAAGUGUACUCAGUUUGUAAUAUGACUGACUAAAUUACUGAUUACAGCAGUUAUUAAGAGUAUUAGUAAAUCAGCAGCACCAGUGUGGCAGCAGAUGAUAACAGUGAUUCCAUUUCUUCCAAAAGAUUCCCUUAAACUAUACACGGGACCUUCUAAAGUAGUCUUUUAGGGUUCUCUAAUGCUCAGUGUUUCCUCUAGGAUGUUUUUCAGCAGCAGGGGAAGACUCUCCAGACAGCCGUGGCGGUGUAAACCCAGUGCAGGACUCUGCUGUGAAGGUGGAUGUAGAGGAAACACUGUACUUUCAGAAGAGCAGUGACAGUUUUUAAAUGGCUUCAUGGGUGAAGUUAACACAUGAGAGGCACUAAUGAGGGCGACAUAAUAGCAUGCUUUCAAAUCUAUGGGCCAUAAUAUUCCUGAUGUUUACACUCCAAAUAUGGCAUUGGCGUAUAUGUUUAUCCAUAAUUCACUACAAACCUUAAAAUAUCUCAGAAACAAAACACAUUUCUUGUCUUCAUGUACCAUACAUAGCAGAUAAUCAUAAAAAUGGCUUUGGUUUUACACUGCCAGUUUUAUGGGGAUUAGACGUUCCCUGAAAGUUACAGUUUUGGGACUUGAAGUGGCUCAGAGGGAGCUUCAUGUGUUGUAUGUACACUUGCACAGUCUUAUUUUAUCAGAGAUACACUAAGCAAAGCUUAAAGCGCAAUUCCAUGAACUGAACGAUGCACAUGUGCCUUCUGCAACCUCAGUUAAUAGGAAAAAAAGCACAAAAUGCAAGACUUUGUUACAUUGCCAGCAACUGACCAAAACUGCUGUGUUUGAUUUUUUUUUUCUUUCUGCUAAAGCAGAGUUUGUUUUUAUGAAGGUACUUUUCGGUUCCUUGGUGAAAUAAUGGGGGUGUUCAGUCUUGAGAAAUGAACCUCAAGUUAAAAUAAUUUCUUAAAGUUGUGGGUAAACGCAGUAAUUCUGAUGUUUGAUUUGGUGGAUUUCAGCUUCUCUCUGCAUUACUUGUUUGUUUGACAGUUUGGGAAUUUAGGUCAUGACAAUAAAGAUGAUGUUCAGGGGUC